AUGGCUCGCAGUAAGUUUUCGGACGAUGCCUCCGUCUCGUCAGCGAGAUCCAAGAAAUCAAAGAAAUCAAAGAAGAAACGCGUCAAGGAAGCAGAGACUCCAACCCUCGAGAGCUUGGAAAACCGAUUGAACAAUGAUGUGGACGAAGAGUUCUUUCAGGAUCCCCGACGUUUUCAAACCCUCCAUCGCGUGAUUGACGUAUUAGGAAUGCAAAUGGGCAACGACGACAUUGGUAUUCAGCAGAAAUCAGACUAUAACCAAAAGAACCGGGCCUACAAGCAACUCAAGGAGCAACAGCAAGUGGUUGAGGAUGCCAUUGAGCAUUUGGCUCUGAUGCAUUGUCAAGAUUUAAACGGAUCUGUGGUGCAAGUGGGACGGGUAGCACGCCAAUUCGAUGACGCUGUCUCGCAAGUCCGCCAUUUGCGCAAGCAAGUCAAGGAAAUUCAAGAAACUCUGGGUGCCGGAAAUGCACCUUCUUCCAAAGAACAGGCAAAUGCCAGUGCGGCGGCCGCUUCCGCAAUGUCCUUGCGCGAACUGUGGAUGAAAAAGUUAGAGGCUGAAGCUGUCUUGGCGCUUUUGGACAAGCUUGAUCGCAUUCGAGCGGCGCCCUUGCAGUUCGAUGCCUAUCUUGAGCAACACCGGAUUGGAGCUGCUACCAUUGUGGUGGCACAGGCUUUGGACACUAUGUUUUCCAGUGAUGUCAGUCAGGUUCAGGCCUUGCACAAAAUUAUGGAACAGCUCAUGAUGCGAAAACAAAAGGCAGAAGAGGUCGUUUGGGAAUUGCUAAUGGACGUCGUUUUCUUGAGGACUGGUAAUGGAAAAGCAGAACUCCUUUCUUUUGGAGCUGGCCGCAAAGCACUGGAGAACGAGCUUGGUAAAGAUGGAGACAUCAGGAAAACAUCAGCAAAACCAGUGGAUUUGUUUAAUCAUUCCAAUCAUGGAAUGGCCAAUCCUUUCUUGGGCUAUAGCAUGAGAUUUGCUCUUGACUAUGAUUUGCAAGUGGAAUCCCUCCAAAAUCCUCUUUAUUUACAAGAGAUCAACGACGAUGCAAUCGUAGAAGAAGAUUUCUAUGACGACGAGGACGAUGGCUCUGCCAAAAAAGCAUCCAGAUUUGUUAUUCCGCAACCUGCAAUGGAGGCCGAAUUUGAAUUGGAGUCGGAAGAGCGCCGUUCCAUUGACGAGCUCAAGUAUCACGGAGGCGCUGACACCAAAGCACUAAGUCGACCAAGAUAUAUGGACCAUAUACUUGCCUUGCGUACUCUAGUGGAAUGUUUGGUCCGACUUCGCCGUCUGGAUGAUGUCGAGCGCAAUAUUACCGAUGUCGUCGAAAAGGAAAUGACGGCCUUGAUUCAUCGAGAACAGACAAGAACUUUCUUGAGAGUAGAAGGUAGCACAACACACAAUUUGCAACGAAGGGGGAGGUAUGCCAUGCUAAUGAGUAAGGCUGGAGCAACUACCGAUUUGAGAGACUUCCGAAAGCACAUGGCAAGCAUCGUCUCUGCCUUUGGAAAUGUUCAAGUGCGAUUGACACAUCUUUCACAGAUAAUUCGUCACCGAAUUAAAGCUGGAAAUGCAUAUUCCAGUUCAAGUGACUCAUCCAUUGUAAUGGCAGGUGUCCUUCAACAUGCAAAAGGUGUCAUGGAACGGCAAUUGAAGAUGUUUCUCAAUGCAUGUCUUACAGAAGUUGCCGAUAGUCCUGAGGACAGUAAAUUUAGCAUGUCGAGCGGUCAGUCUCGCCGAAAGUCAACGGUACAAGCCAAAGGAAAGAACACUCGCAGCUCAGAGGUUGGUAUCUUCCGAAUGGGUAUCAUUGAUGAUGAAGAGGAGGGAACAGAAGACACUAGUACGUGGUUGGCAUCAACGACCUCUUCUCGUCUCAUGAACAACCAAAAUCUAUCCAUCCCCAAAUUCAUCAAGGACGUUCUAUUUGCAAAGACUACUCAGAACGGAACACCACAGAUUAGACACGCUCUCUUUUUCCGAAAGGCUCUUGCCAAGUGGCACAGGGAUAAUGCGUUACUACGAAAGGAGCUCGCAGAUAGCACUCGUGAAGACACUUCGUCACCAAGCUAUUCAACACCGGUGGAACUACCUGCCUUGGAGUAUCUGGAUAACGUAAUUCAGAAGGCAGUGCUGCCAGUUCUCCAAGAAGAAGCUGUCAAUGGAACGGUGCAAGCACUAGAACGACCGGAUGCCUUUGAUCCAGUUUUGGAUCGGAAUGUGUAUGCAAGGGCUGAUUCCAACGAACCACAAGAUGUGGACAUGUGUGUGGCUUGUACAGCUCUGUACAACUUUACUGGACCGCUCUUUCUGGCACUUCAUCGACUACCAAAGGGUGGAGAUAUGUACUUGCCGCUGGUUGCUGUCUUGGAGCACGUCAUUUUGACUUUUAUUUCACGUGUAAAACAGCAAGUCACCAGAAUUUGUUCCAACCAAACAGCGCUUCAACUUUUGAUGGAUAGUUCCUCCCAAUAUAGAGAAGAUAGUGCACCAAAGUCCUUCGGCCAAGCUAUGGAACGCAGAAAAGCGUUUGCUCAGCUUGUGCUGGCUUAUGCUGAUGGCGAUCUGCUUGAAGCUAUGAGUGACGAUCGGUCACCAGGAGAUCUUUCUGGAGUAUCUGCCAUUCCUCCUCCUAUUGGAGAUACGCCUAGGGUAGUUUCGGAUCCAAGAGCGGCCGUCUUGGCCGAUUACGGCGAACUCGACUUUGUAGGCGGCGUGGAUCGUGAGGAAGUGAACUUGAGCAUUGAGUUGCAAUUUUUAAAGCCUUAUCUCGAGUUUGCAGGAAUGGAAGAGAAUAACACAGUCAAGACCUGUCGAGACGAGGACCUGAUGAAAGCAGCAUGCCUGGCGCAUUCGUUGUUGAAAUUGUCAAGUUUGUUGGACAGCAGACUCAAGAUGAGAAGCCAGUUUGGAGUCACUACGAAAACAUUAGCAAAUACACGAGCAUUGCGUGAAGCCAUCAAGACAAUCCGCUCAAAUGGGCUAAAAAUGGCAAAGUUUUGCAGGUCAGACGUGCUGCUUCAGUCGAUUGUUCGCCUCGCUAAGGUUUGCAAUUCAUCCACCAUCGUGGCCCGUGAUGCUGUCAGAAUUCCGUCAUCGGUAAAUGAUCUCGGUGAAUACAUGACUGCAGCUUCAGAUAAUUUGAGGGAGGCUGCUGGUAACGCUGUGACAGCCUACACCUUUUCUACACUGGAGCAAUACAUUCCGUUGUGCCUGAUUCAAACAGUGCGUGUUUUGGCUGCUGGUCAGGGCAUUGUAACAAAGGCACCUUUGACAAUGAAUGGUGUUGAAGCGCUGGACCGCUCUGGAUCUGUAUUAUAUCGCGAUUUGAAAGGAGCUACAUCUUUUGACAACUCGUUUUGGGAUAUUGAAUUGGCUGCUGUAUCCUUUGAGCGAAGUGCCACAUUUUUUGGUAUGAUGGAGCUUGAAAUGGGGGAACUCGAAGCUUACUACCAGGACAAUCGCAACGACUUCUCAGAACAAGACUUCCAACUCAUGUUUACUAUGGAUGGGCCUAAGCGAAAAGGAGAUGUCAACCGUUACCACACACUUUUGAAGAAGAUGGAACGGAAAUAA